AUGAGUGAAGGGGCGGCCGCUGCCUCGCCACCUGGAGCCGCUUCGGCAGCCGCCGCCUCGGCCGAGGAGGGCACCGCGGCGGCUGCGGCGGCGGCGGCGGCGGCGGCGGCGGCGGGCGGGGGCCCGGACGGCGGCGGCGAAGGGGCGGCCGAGCCCCCCCGGGAGUUACGCUGUAGCGACUGCAUCGUGUGGAACCGGCAGCAGACGUGGCUGUGCGUGGUGCCUCUGUUCAUCGGCUUCAUCGGCCUGGGGCUCAGCCUCAUGCUGCUCAAAUGGAUCGUGGUGGGCUCCGUCAAGGAAUACGUGCCCACCGACCUGGUGGACUCCAAGGGAAUGGGCCAGGACCCCUUCUUCCUCUCCAAGCCCAGCUCCUUCCCCAAGGCCAUGGAGACCACCACCACGACCACCUCCACCACGUCCACCGCCACCCCCUUCGCCGGCGGUGCCGCCUCUUCCAGGACGCCCAACCGGAUUAGCACCCGCCUGACUACCAUCACGCGGGCGCCCACUCGCUUCCCCGGGCACCGGGUGCCCAUCCGGGCCAGCCCGCGCUCCACCACGGCACGGAACACUGCGGCCCCCCCGACGGUCUUGCCCACGACAGCCCCUUUCUUUAGUAGCAGCACUCCGGGCUCCCGACCCCCGGUGCCAGGAACCCCCAGUACCCAGGCCAUGCCCUCCUGGCCCACUGCGGCGUAUGCUACCUCCUCCUACCUUCACGAUUCUACUCCCUCCUGGACUCUGUCUCCUUUUCAAGAUGCUGCCUCCUCCUCUUCCUCCUCGUCCUCCUCCUCUACCACCACCACCACCACGCCACAAACUAGCACCAGCCCCAAAUUUCAUACCACGACAUAUUCCACGGAGAGAUCUGAGCACUUCAAACCCUGCCGAGACAAGGACCUUGCCUACUGUCUCAACGAUGGCGAGUGCUUUGUGAUUGAGACCUUGACCGGAUCCCAUAAACACUGCCGGUGCAAAGAAGGCUACCAAGGAGUCCGUUGUGAUCAAUUUCUGCCGAAAACUGAUUCCAUCUUAUCGGAUCCAACAGACCACUUGGGGAUUGAAUUCAUGGAGAGUGAAGAAGUUUAUCAAAGGCAGGUGCUGUCAAUUUCAUGUAUCAUCUUUGGAAUUGUCAUCGUGGGCAUGUUCUGUGCAGCGUUCUACUUCAAAAGCAAGAAACAAGCUAAACAAAUUCAAGAGCAGCUGAAAGAGCCACAUAAUGGUAAAAACUACAGUCUCAAAGCAUCUAGCACAAUGGCAAAGUCCGAAAACUUGGUGAAGAAUCAUGUCCAGCUGCAAAAUUAUUCAAAGGCGGAAAGGCAUCCGGUGACUGCAUUGGAGAAAAUGAUGGAGUCAAGUUUUGCCGGCCCCCAGUCAUUCCCAGAGGUCCCUUCUCCCGACAGAGGAAGCCAGUCUGUCAAACACCACAGCAGGACCCUCUCCUCUUGCUGCAGUCCAGGGCAAAGGAGUGGUAUGCUCCAUAGGAAUGCCUUCAGAAGGACACCCCCAUCACCCCGAAGUAGGCUGGGUGGACUUGUGGGACCAGCAUAUCAGCAACUGGAGGAAUCAAGGAUCCCAGACCAGGAUACGAUACCUUGCCAAGGGAUAGAGGUCAGGAAGACUAUAUCCCACCUGCCUAUACAGCUGUGGUGUGUUGAAAGAUCCCUGGACGUAAAGUACUCAGCCAAUGGUUUAACAACCCAACAAAAUGCAUCAAUAAAUAUGCAACUGCCUUCAAGAGAGACAAACUCCUAUUUUAAUAGUUUGGAGCAAAAGGACCUGAUGGGAUACUCAUCCCCAAGGGCCAGUUCCGUGCCCAUCAUCCCUUCAGUGGGUCUAGAGGAAACCUGCAUGCAAAUGCCAGGGGUUUCUGAAGUCAAAAGCAUCAAAUGGUGCAAAAACUCCUACUCUGCUGAUAUUGUCAAUGUGAGUAUUCCAGUCAGCGAUUGUCUUACAGCAGAACAACAAGAAGUGAAAAUAUUGCUAGAAACUGUCCAGGAGCAGAUUCGAAUUCUGACUGAUGCCAGGCGGUCAGAAGACUACGAACUGGCCAGCGUAGAGACCGAGGACAGUGCGAGUGAAAACACAGCCUUUCUUCCCCUGAGUCCCACAGCCAAAUCAGAACGAGAGGCACAAUUUGUCUUAAGAAAUGAAAUACAAAGAGACCCUGCAUUGACCAAGUGACUCGAGAUGUAGAAAUCUGUGCAUUCUAUGCUUUGCUCAACAGGAAAGAGAGGAGAUUAAAUACAAAUUAUUUAUAUGCAUUAAUUUAAGAGCAUCUACUUAGAAGAAACCAAAUAGUCUAUCGCCCUCAUAUCAUAGUGUUUUUUAACAAAAUAUUUUUUUAAAGGGAAAGAAACGUUUCAGGAGGGAUAAAGCUUACAACUAAAGCUUUUGGGUAGAAUUCUGAAUACAAUUUCAGUUAGUCCCAACACUGUCCUCUUUGGCUCUUAGUAGAUGUGGGCAAUUCAGACCCUCCGCCCCACAGUGCCAGUGGCCU